AUGUCUGUCUCGUACCGGGAGCCGCUCUCUGAGACCGUGGGAAAGCGCAUGGUCGUCACAGGUCCAGACUACAUCAAAGACCACUUGCCUAAAAUCCACCAGCAUACCGCCUACAUAGGAGAAAAGCGUCCAGCGCUAGAGAAAACUGGAGAUCUCAGAUAUUUAUUGAGAUCUGCCCCAGACCGAAGCCUGCCAGCAAAAUAUAAACACGAGUAUGUUGGUGGAAUUGGCUGGGGGAUACCAGAGUACAGUUUCAUCAACAGAUCGAGACUGGGGAGCGGCUUUCACAUCAAGCUUGGGGAGCUAAGUCUUGAUGCAAAUGACAAAGUAACCCACCGUUAUCAAAACCCAUGGCAACCGAAGCCUUCAGUCUUGGACAUGCAAGGAGGAAACAGUCGUGCUUUUCUUGCCUGGAAUAUGAGUGAUUAUGAAGAUUCCCAACAGAGAGACUCCCAAAGGGCUCUUCUCGUUAAACAGAGUAAAUCGCCAGGGCCUUCCCUGCCCUCCAGGCUGCCAAGAAAGGAAGAGAAGGUAAGCUGCCAUUUUUCUGAUCCAUCCUAG